AUGGAGUACGAGGUUUACAAGAUGGUCAAACAGUGUAAUAUGAAUUUAGCCCAAGCUGAUGAAGAAAGGCUCCUUGAACUUCAAGAAUUGGAAAAGUUGAGACGUGAAGCCUACAAGAACUCUAGAACCUACAAGGAGAAAGCCAAACUAGUUCAUGACGGUCUCGUAAGGAAAGACUUUAGGGUUGGUCAAAAAAAAUUUCUUUUCAAUUCAUGCCUCCAACUCAUGCUAGGUAAGCUUAAAUCCAAGGGGCUUAGACCAUUUGAAGUUGUUAAUGUUUUUCCCUAUGGUGCAGUGGAGAUUAGAAGCUUGGACAUAGGAAAAGAAUUCAAGGUGAAUAGGCACCGUCUCAAAAUCUUUAAUGAAGGGGAAGUGAACCUUGCUCACUUGGGCCUGGUUUUGACUUUAACCUCGUACACUUGA